AUGCAGAAGGACAGUAAGGCAGAUCAUGUUGAAGAUGCAGAUCCAGAGAGCAGCUCCAGGGAUGGCGCCCCUGCACCACAUGAGGUUGCCCAGGUGCUACGAAAGGUUGACUGGCGGGUGAUUCCCAUCCUAACUUUCCUAUACAUCAUGUGCUACAUGGACAGAAGCAACAUCGGGAAUGCAAAAGUCGCGGGAAUGAACUCCGAGCUUCAUCUCACAGGCUCGCAAUACAAUAUUGCCCUUACUCUCUUUUUUAUCCCAUAUGCUCUCCUAGAAGUGCCCAGCAACUUUGUCCUUAAGCUGCUCAGACCAUCCCUCUGGAUCGGGGUCCUCAUGUUUACCUGGGGCACGAUAAUGACACUGUUUGGCCUUGUGCAAAGUUUUGCGGGACUGACGGUUGCUCGAGCAGCUCUUGGAGUGGCGGAGGCGGGAUUCUUCCCAGCUAGUGCCUAUCUUCUGACGACAUGGUACCGACGUCUCGAGUUGCAGAAGCGACUGGCAAUAUUCUACAGUGCGGGGUCGCUAGCCAGCGCCUUCUCUGGUCUACUCGCUUUCGCCCUCGGAAACAUGGACGGGAUUAGAAACCUGGCGGGAUGGCGUUGGAUCUUCCUCAUCGAAGGAUUGGCAACGGUGGCUUUCAGUGCGAUCACGUUCCUCCUUCUCCCGGACAGCCCCGAAACAGCAAAGUUCUUGUCAGUCAGGGAGAAGAAGAUCCUUUACGAUCGACUGCGAGCCGAUGCAGGAACCGAAUCUGGAGAAGUCGAACUACAUGACAAGUUCCACUGGCCAACAAUUAAGUCGGCAUUUGCGGAUUGGAAGAUAUGGGUGGCUAUCAUAAUAUACUUGGCACACACUAUCUGCCUCUACGGUUUUAACUAUACUGUCCCCACUGUCAUUCUCGACCUUGGCUACACUGCGGCCAACGCUCAGCUUUUGACGAUACCCAUCUACGCGUUCUCGGCUAUAGGAAUCCCCGUGCUGGCGUAUUACUCGGACAAGUAUGCGACUCGUUGGCCGUUUAUCGUAGGACCCUUCGCCCUCGCUGCUGUUGGGUUCAUUGCGCUCUUGGCACUUCCUCAACCAGGUCUCCCAGGCGUGACUUACGGCUUCCUCUUCUGCACACCCCUCGGCGCGAGCGCACCAUUGGUGGCCUUGGUCACAUGGAUUGGCAACAAUCUAGCGCCAUCUUGGAAGCGCGCGAUCGGUAUGGCUCUACUGAUCUCAGUAGGGAACCUCGGAGGAGCUAUCGGUACGAACCUCUAUCUGGAGAGGCAGAAACCACACUACUGGCUUGGCACCGAAAACACCGCGGCCGUCGGCGAGGAGGUGUGCUCCAAUACACUUGUUAAGCACCUCAGCUUUACUGGAUCGACGGCCGUCGGUAAGUCUCUGAAUGUCGCAUGUGCCAGAUCGAUGAAGAGAAUAAGCAUGGAGCUUGGCGGAAACGCGCCGUUUAUCGUGUUUGACGAUGCAGACCUUGAGGAGGCUGCUAAAGGGCUCGUGACAUCCAAAUUUCGGUCGUCCGGCCAAACCUGUGUCUGCGCCAAUCGUAUACUGGUUCACGCGGCUGUUUUUGACAAGUUCGGUGAGCUACUGAAGAAAACAGUGAACAGCACUUUUGUUUACGGUUCCGUUUGGGAUCAAGCCGUCAACUUUGGACCACUGUAUUCGAGUAAGGGCAUGUCAAAGGCAAUAAGCCAUCUUGAGGAUGCGGUCUCGAAAGGAGGAAUUCUUCUUACCAAAGAUUUAGUCGCUAGAGAGCUGGGACCCAACUUCUUGCGACCUGCGAUAGUGAAGGCGGCGACAAACUCUCAUCUCAUGACUUUUACAGAGGAAGAGACAUUUGGGCCAAUCGCUUUCAUGAUACCGUUCAAUACAGAGGAGGAAGCCAUCAAGAUCGCCAAUCAAUCCAACCUGGGACUGGCCGCCUACUUUUAUACCGAGUCUAUUUCCCGACUGUGGAGGGUGGCAGAGGCUCUGAAUGUUGGUAUGGUAGGGGCUCGCGUUGGACUCGUGAGUGCUGCUGAAAUGCCAUUUGGUGGCAUCAUGGAAAGCGGGAUGGGCCGCGAGGGUGGCAUGGAGGCACUCCAUGAGUUUCUUGAGAUCAAGUCAAUCACCGUCGGGCUCUAG